UAGAGAGACCUACAGCACCUGCCCUCCAGCCCCACAAUAUAAAUAUGGUCAGCUAUGUGUGACACCCUCUCAGUACUACAGAGAGUCCUUAACUCUCAGGGUCUCCAAAGGAGUGCUGUAAAGAAAUAUCAGUUGGGUUUAUUGAGGAGAUUCAAAGAUGGGUAGGAGCCCCUGUUGUGCUAAGGAAGGUUUGAAUAGGGGAGCAUGGACUGCUACUGAAGAUAAGAUCCUCACAGAAUACAUUAAAGUACAUGGGGAAGGGAAGUGGAGGAACCUUCCCAAGAAAGCAGGUCUCAAAAGAUGUGGGAAGAGUUGCAGGCUGAGGUGGUUGAAUUAUCUGAGACCUGAUAUCAAGAGAGGGAACAUAACCCAUGAUGAAGAAGAGCUCAUUAUCAGGCUUCACAAGCUCCUGGGGAACAGAUGGUCUCUCAUUGCUGGAAGGCUUCCGGGCCGAACAGACAAUGAAAUCAAGAAUUAUUGGAACACCAACAUUGGGAAGAAAAUAAGCUCCACCCCCAAUCAUAGGCCAAGAAUCCAAUCUGAAGAGAGGCCGAAUUCCACCUCGAUUAGCCCGCGACCUUCGCUGAAUAAUGGACCGCCGCCCGUGCUCCAUGCUAAGCCAUCAAGGUGUACUAAAGUAUUCAUUGCCACUGAGCCACCAAAAGUUGAUCAAGUAAUUGAAACUAGACCAGUGUCAUUAGGACCCUCUACGGUUCAAGGUUUGGCCAUGGCGCAUGAUCAGAAGGCAGAGGAGCCGGAUUCUUCACCGGCGAUCGGUUCUGGGAAUGAGAAUGAUAGCAAUCCUUCUGAUUUCAUGAUAGACUUUGAGAUGGAUGCAAACUUCCUAUCUGAGUUCCUCAACUCUGAUUUCUCACAAUUAUGUGACUUCCAUGAUGGGGUUGAAGCAGAUAGUAACACUAAUAACACCAGUAGCACAAGUCAGCACUCAUCUCCCAAUGCCACGGAAGCCCCACUGCUGAUGAAUGAAGAAGAAACACUGCAAAACUCUAAUCUAUUUUCCUUGGAUUCUUUUCUUGAUUGCGAAAUGGACUGGUUCUGCUGAUGAAAAGGGAAAGAAGAAACUAGCUAGACUAACAAAAGUGUUAUGCUUAAACCAACCAAACUUUGGCGUCUGUUCAUUGCAUGUAUAUGGUUGUAAAUUGGCCUGUCCAUAAGCAAUAUUACUCCAAUAGGCAGCUGCAGCUCUAAACGCAAAGAUGUGUACUAGUGUUUUUUCUUUUCUGCGUCUUUCAUCUAAAUUUCCUGAUGUCCUGGGCUCAUGGUGACCAUGUUUCAAAGCAAAAAUAAAUGGUCUUUAUGCUUUGUUUCUUGCUGUUUU